AUGGAUACAUCGUUCUUACUUACCGAUACACAAGUGCAAGACUUUUUAAUCAAUGGUUAUUUAGUUCUUCAGCCUAUCUCUCUUGAUGAAAAUUAUCAUUCAUCAAUAUUCACUGAAGCAUUGUCGAUUUUUACGAAGGAGGGUAAUCCAGGAAACAAUAUUCUUCCACGGAUUCCUCAACUUCAAUCUGUAUUCGAUGAUCCCAUAGUCAUUGGUGCAUUAGAAAGUUUAUUAGGUUCAAAUUAUACGAUGCAACCAAAUCGAUAUGCUCAUUUAUCAAAGCCCGCCUGUAAAGGUGAACAAUGGCAUAAAGAUAGUUAUUAUGGUUAUAAAAAGCUACUUCAUCAUCAUCAAUUACGUUAUAUUAUGGCUAUGUAUUAUCCUCAAAAUACAACUAUAGAAAUGGGUUUAACUGCUAUUAAACCUCGAUCACAAUACGAUGUCAUGGAUCUAAAAAUAAAUAGAAAUAAUGAUAUGGAGAAUGAUGUUUGUAUGACUUAUACAGCUGGCACAGUUGUGUUAAUCCAUUAUGAUAUUGUACAUAGAAGAACAGUCAAUCGAACAAAAGAUACAUAUUGUUUUAUGUUUAAAUUUCAGUUUAAUAGACUUGAAGAGCCAACUAAACCAACAUGGAAUCAUAAUUCAAUGAACACUGUUUACGAUGCUGGUUUAUUACAGCCGAUUGUCAAACAUAUUUGGAAUUGGAUGAUGGGUGGUGUUGACAUACGACAGCAACUCUUUAUUGAUCAAAAUAUUCUCGAAUGGGAAAGACAAUUAAAUGAUACCGAUGGAAAACUUCGUCUUAAUGCAGCAUAUAAUCUAGCUUUAAGUAAUCAAUAUAAGAUUUUAAUCAACCAUUUGUAUAAAAUCAAAGAAACCUCUCACUUGGAAGUGGUUUAUGCGUUAACAGCCUGUCGAUACAACAAAGACGCGAUUAGUGAAUUGCAAACAAUACUAAAAACAGAAGAAAAAAAUGAGUAUUUAGCAUCUUGUAUAGCAUUCAUUUUCUCUGAAAUGGGAUCUAUGGCACUUGAAACAUUACCAUUAUUGAUACAUGUGAUGGAAACGAGUGAUUCAUGGUUAGUUAAACAAUACUGCUGUGAAGCAUUGGGAACUAUUCAGUCAAAUGAUCAACAUGAUAUUGAUAUGACAAUACGAUCUUUGACACAUAUCCUUGCCAAUCGGAAUCAACAGCUGGAUUCAAAAGAAGCAUCUCAUACUAGAUUUACUGCAGCAUUGUCCCUAGCUAAAAUGGGUGAUAAAGCAGUCGGAGCAAUACCUGUAUUAAAAGAUGCACUUUAUUUCGAUCCGAAUCGUUAUGUUAAUGGUAAUGCAUUAUUAGCUUUAGAACGAAUUGGAACAAGUGAAGCAUUAAAAAUCGUCUGGAACUAUCUUGAAACAUCACGAUGGUGCGCUAAAACAAGCCCCGCUAGCUUAUUCUAA